AUGAGUGUAACUGGUGAAACCACAACAGCUGUAGUUGCAGAUACUGGAAACACCCCUACGGCAGCAGGAUAUGAUAUCAAACAUCCAUAUCAUCUCAAUCACUCAGAUUCACCUGGGAUGACCCUAGUCAACACUGUGUUUGAUGGAAGAGGUUACCCAGGAUGGAAGAGAUCCAUUCUUCUAUCCCUAUCAGCCAAGAAGAAACUUGGAUUCAUCAAUGGGGCUUGCAAGGCUCCAGAUCUGAACUCUACUAAUUAUGAGCAGUGGAGUUGUGUCAAUGACAUGGUUACAUCUUGGAUUCUAAAUGCACUGUCAAAAGACAUUGCUGACAGUGUGAUUUACUCAAAAACAGCUAAAGAACUCUGGGACAGCUUGGAACAAAGAUUUGGCAAAUCCAAUGGUGCCAAACUCUUCCACCUCCAAAAGGAGCUGUCAAGUUUAACACAAGGUAACAGUGAUAUUGCUGGAUAUUUCUCCAAGCUUAAGAGACUGUGGGAUGAAUUAGAUGCUCUAAAUGUAACCAUAACCUGUUCAUGUGUAUAUUUAUGUGAGGGAAAAGCUAAGCUGACUAAGUCUUUGGAAGAUCAAAGGUUAAUUCAAUUUUUGAUGGGAUUGAAUGAAUAUGCACAAGCUAGGGGAAACAUUCUUAUGAUGAGUCCUUUAUCUAGAAUGGACAUUGCAUACUCACUACUUUUACAGGAUGAGAAUCAAAGGGAAAUAUAUGCAAAUGCACAUUUCAGUUUAGAUUCUGCAUCAUUCAUGGUGGCUGGACAGGGAAAACAAUCAAAUUUUCCUGAUUUUGCAACCUUCAUGGCAGCAGGACAAGGAAGGAAUAAUCAGAAAUUCAGAAAUCAAGGCCCUAAAGGAACAGUGGCUGGUCAGAAGUUCAACAAUGCAGCUCAAAACAUUGCAAGACAACAGUAG